AUGAGUCUCAACACUGAGCAGGGAAUGGACGAAGCGCAAGAAAGAAAACACAGAUUGAAUAUGCACAGAAUGAAAAACGCGCUAUUCCAAGUGCUUUGUGAAAUCAAAGAAAAGUCCGCCCUUUCUCAGCGAAACCCUCCAGAGGACGAUCCUCCAGAUCCCCAACAACUUCGACUUGAUCGAAUGCUCGAAUCCGAAGGCGUCAUCGGAAACGACGCGGACGCCCAACUCGAAGGUCAACUUGCUGCUUCUGGCGACAACACUGCCGAACACGGUGAUUACAGAGCCAAGCUGAAUCAGAUCCGCUCAAUCUAUCACGCCGAGCUGGAGAAGUACAACAACGCAUGUCAGGAGUUUACACAACACGUGCAGAACUUGCUCCGCGAGCAAUCAAGAACUCGGCCAAUUUCCCAGCGAGAAAUUCAACGAACGAUCACGAUCAUUAGUCGGAGAUUCAAUCAAAUCCAGCUUCAAUUGAAACAGAGCACAUGUGAAGCUGUUAUGAUUUUGAGGAGCAGAUUUCUCGAUGCCAGGCGAAAGAGAAGAAACUUUUCAAAGCAGGCAACUGAAGUUCUGAACGAAUACUUCUACAGUCAUCUCUCUAAUCCUUAUCCGUCUGAAGAGGCCAAAGAAGAGCUCGCUAGAAAAUGCGGCAUUACAGUCAGCCAGGUGUCCAAUUGGUUCGGAAACAAACGAAUUCGCUACAAGAAAAAUAUCGGCAAAUUCCAAGAAGAAGCUAACUUGUACGCAGCGAAAAACGCCCAGGCCGUUUGUCAAACGGGCGCCAACGGAAGCAGCAUGGGAUACGACACAUUUGACAAUAGCUAA